CUCUAUCUCCCGUCCUCAAUUGAGCGCUACGGGAUGAACACUGACUUAUUCCAGUCCAUCCCAGAGUCCUCUGUUCUGAUUGCCAGCUCCUCGGUCCAGAAAUGAAGAGAACCCGCGUCGCCCGCGUUCCUACGGCGCUGCUGCGUCGAGCCGGUGCGCGGCAGUCUACCCUUGUCCAGUCCACACCGCUGAUAUCAAGGCUGUCCGUCCCCUCAAUACAUCAAGAACAACGGCGCCGACAUGCCAGCUCCAUCUCUCAGCGCCCCGACUCCAAGCACGUCAUGUUCCCCGGCGCCGUCAAGUCGGCCUUCACCAACACCAUGACCUUCGAGCAGCCGUCGACCUAUCCGGCACUGCCGACGUACCGGGCUGUCGACCAGAAUGGCGUCGUCGUAGACCCGAGCUUUGUCCCGGACCUCAGCGACGAGGAGGUGGUCAAGUUGUAUCGCGACAUGCUGACCGUGUCCAUCAUGGACGUGAUCAUGUUCGACGCCCAGCGCCAGGGCCGUCUGAGCUUCUACAUGGUGUCGGCGGGCGAGGAGGCCGUGUCGGUCGGAACAGCAUCGGCGUUGAGGAAGGAAGACGUCGUGUUCUGCCAGUACCGUGAGCAGGGCGUCUUUAGACAGCGUGGGUUCACUCUGGCGGAUUUCAUGAACCAGCUGUUCGCGAACAAAAAAGAUCCGGGAAAGGGGAGGAACAUGCCGGUGCAUUACGGGAGUCGGGAGCUAAAUAUCCACACUAUCUCCUCACCGCUGGCGACACAGCUGCCGCAGGCUUCCGGGGCUGCGUAUGCGCUCAAGAUCCAACGGAUGCAGGACCCUACCAUACCGCCGCGGGUAGUUGCGGCAUAUUUUGGUGAAGGCGCGGCCAGCGAGGGCGACUUCCACGCUGCGCUGAACAUCGCCGCCACUAGAGCCUGCCCAGUCGUCUUCAUCUGUCGCAAUAACGGCUAUGCCAUUUCCACGCCAACGCUAGAACAGUACCGCGGCGACGGUAUUGCCAGCCGCGGUUUGGGCUACGGGAUCGAGACGAUCCGGGUGGACGGCAACGACUUUUGGGCGGUCCGCGAGGUCAUGAAGAGGGCGCGCGAGCUGGCGCUGCAGGACGGAGGCAAGCCCGUCCUCAUCGAGGCUAUGACCUACCGCGUCAGCCACCACAGCACAUCGGACGACUCCUUCGCGUACCGCGCCAAGGUGGAAGUGGAGGACUGGAAGCGGCGCGACAACCCAAUUGCGAGGCUGCGCAAGUGGAUGGAGGCCAAGGGCUGCUGGGACGAGAACAAGGAGAAGGAGGCGCGCGAGAGCAUCAGGCGGGAGGUGCUCAAGGCCUUCUCUGAAGCGGAACGCGAAAAGAAGCCUCCUAUCCGGACUAUGUUUGAGGAUGUGUAUGAGGAGCUGACACCGGACCUGAGGCAGCAGAUGGAGGAGUUGAAGAGCCAAUUAGAGAGAUACCCUGAUGAGUAUGACCUUGGCGAAUUUGAGGGCGGGCGUGAUAGUCUAGAUAAACAGGAGUGAGUAAGCCAGUGGAAAUCAUCAAUAUAUCUGAUUUGG